AUGUCUGGCGUGUCUACGAACGGGGCAGGAGCAGCGGCGCCUGCCAUUGCGCCGUCGCUUCGUGCUGCGCUGGCCGACCAAGUGCCAUCGCGCGCCCCCUCACCCGCGCCGCCAGCGACGUCGGCGCCGAUCGGUCAUGAAGCUUCCUCGACGAUGGUGCUGGAGCUGGCUGACAAGACGGAGUACCGCGGUAUUAGCUUCGGUGCGGAAGGCAAGAGCAUUUCCGGCGAGUGUGUUUUCCAGACUGGUAUGGUGGGCUACGUCGAGUCGCUCACUGACCCGUCGUACGAGGGCCAGAUCCUCGUACUGACAUACCCCCUGAUUGGCAACUACGGUGUGCCUGCGCGCCCGCAGGAGAACGAAUUUCCGCACUUCAAGGCGCCGUUUGAGUCGUCGCGCAUCCACGUCGCUGGUCUGGUGGUGGCCUACUACAGCCACGAAUUCAGCCACUACCUGGCCGCCUCAGGCUUGAGCGACUGGCUCAAGGAAAAUGGCGUGCCGGCCGUCUACGGUAUCGACACGCGUGCGCUGACCAAGCGCAUUCGUACGAAGGGCAGCAUGCUUGCGCGCAUGCUGGCGGUGGACCCGCGCUCUUCGCCAGAGCUCGAGCUCCGUUCGCGUCUGCUCCCUGUGGAGUGGCACGACCCGAAUGGCGAUCACCUUGUCUCGCGUGUCUCGACGAGGACCCCGAUGCUGUAUACGCCCCAGGACACGCAGCCGGCCGGCUUGCGUAUGGCCAACGAGCCUGCGUUGGUCCAUGCGUCAGGCCGUGGCAUUCGUGUGCUGGCGCUCGAUAUGGGCAUGAAGCGGAACCAAGUUCGUUGCUUCACGUCACGUGGCGUGGAAUUGAAGGUGGUGCCGUACAACUACGACAUUCUCAACGAGACGGAGCCGUUUGACGGUCUUUUCCUCUCGAACGGUCCUGGCGAUCCUACGCAGUGCAUGGAGACGGUGGAGCGCGUGCGUGCGUUUAUCCAGCGCACGAACGAUGUCGUACCUGUGUUUGGUAUCUGUCUCGGUCACCAGAUUCUCUCUCUCGCGGCCGGCGCACGUACCAUCAAGAUGAAGUACGGCAACCGUGGCCAGAACAUUCCGUGCACGGACCAGCUCUCGGGCCGCUGCUAUAUCACAUCGCAGAACCACGGUUACGCUGUGGAUGCGCGUUCGCUUCCCUCCGGCUGGAAGGAGUUGUUUGUCAACGCCAACGAUGGCUCGAACGAAGGUAUUUACUGCGAGACGGCGCCGUACUUUAGUGUACAGUUCCACCCCGAAAGCACGGCUGGCCCGCGUGAUACCGAGUACCUCUUUGAUGUGUUCAUCCGCUCUGUCGUGGACAAUGCCGCUGUGCGUCACAAGGAUGGCGGCAUGACGGCCUCGCAUGGCGCUGUGGCGUUCCCUGGUGGCCGUUGGGAAGAGCAUGAGGCUGCCCACCCGCGUCUGCACCCCAAGAAGGUGCUGGUGCUUGGUUCGGGUGGUCUGAGCAUUGGCCAGGCUGGUGAGUUUGACUACAGUGGCUCGCAGGCCAUCAAGGCGCUGAAAGAAGAAGGCAUUUAUACCGUGCUCAUCAACCCGAACAUUGCGACGAUCCAGACGUCGGCGGGUCUGGCCGAUAAGGUGUACUUUUUGCCUGUGACGCCCGAGUUUGUGCUCAAGGUGCUGCGUCACGAGCGCCCUGAUGGUAUCUACUGCACGUUCGGUGGUCAGACGGCGCUCAAUGUCGGUAUCAAGAUCAAGGACGAGUUGGCAGGUCUGGGUGUGCGCAACCUCGGUACGCCGAUCGAGACCAUCAUCACGACAGAGGACCGUGACUUGUUCGCGAAGGCCAUGGAAGAGAUUGGCGAGCGAUGCGCGCCCUCGGCGAGUGCGAACAACUGGGACGAGGCGCUGACGGCUGCGCGCUCGAUUGGGUUCCCGGUGAUUGUGCGUGCAGCCUUUGCUCUGGGUGGUCUUGGCUCCGGCUUUGCGAAGAACGAGGACGAGCUGCGUCGCCUGUGCAACACGGCGUUUGCGAACAGUCCGCAGGUGCUGGUCGAGAAGAGUAUGAAGGGCUGGAAAGAGGUCGAGUACGAAGUUGUGCGUGACUGCCGCAACAACUGCAUUACGGUGUGUAACAUGGAGAACUUUGAUCCGCUGGGUGUGCACACGGGUGACUCGAUCGUGAUUGCGCCGAGUCAGACGCUCUCGGACGAAGACUACAAUAUGCUGCGUACGACAGCGGUGAAUGUCAUCCGUCAUUUGGGCGUCGUGGGUGAGUGCAACAUCCAGUAUGCGCUGAACCCCCUUUCGCGUGAGUACUGCAUUAUCGAGGUGAACGCGCGUCUCUCGCGUUCGUCCGCGCUGGCCUCCAAGGCGACGGGCUACCCGUUGGCGUUUGUCGCCGCGAAGCUCGGUCUGAACAUCCCGCUGAACGAGCUGCGCAACUCGGUGACGCGCGAGACGUCGGCGUGCUUCGAGCCCAGCUUGGACUAUGUCGUGACCAAGAUCCCACGCUGGGACCUGCGCAAGUUUAUGCGUGUCAGCUCGAAGCUCGGUAGCAGCAUGAAGAGUGUCGGUGAAGUCAUGGCGAUUGGCCGUACGUUUGAAGAGAGUAUCCAAAAGGCCAUUCGAUCUGUCGACCCCUCGUUUGAAGGCUUUGGCGUGAACGACCAUGUGGAGGACGCUGACAUUGACGAGGAAUUGGAGCGUCCGACGGACCGCCGUAUUUUCGCGAUUGCCAAUGCGAUGGCCAAGGGCUACUCGGUCGACGAGAUUCACGCCAUGUCGAAUAUUGACCGCUGGUUCCUUAGCAAGCUGCAGGGCAUUAUGACCACGGCCUCGGCGAUGGAGCAGCACAGCACGUCGCAGCUGCCUAUGGCCCUGCUGCGUCUCGCGAAGCAGCACGGUUUCUCCGACAAGCAGAUUGCCAAGUGCACCGCGAGCGCCGAGCUGGCUGUGCGUCGUCGUCGUCAGGAGCUGGGCAUCACGCCGUUUGUGAAGCAGAUCGAUACCGUCGCGGCCGAGUUCCCUGCGCACACCAACUACCUGUACAUGACGUACAAUGCCGUGGAGCACGACUUGUCGUUCGACGACAAGGGUGUGAUGGUGCUUGGCUCGGGUGUGUACCGUAUCGGUUCCUCUGUCGAGUUCGAUUGGUGUGCUGUGCGUGCGAUCCGCACGCUGCGCAGCAAGGGCUUCAAGACGGUCAUGGUCAACUACAACCCCGAGACGGUCUCGACCGACUACGACGAGGCGGAUCGUCUGUACUUUGAGAACAUCUCGCUCGAAACCGUUAUGGACAUUUACGAGCUCGAGCAGUCGUCGGGUGUGGUGAUUUCCAUGGGUGGUCAGACGCCGAACAACAUUGCGUUGCCGCUCCACCGCCAGGGUGUCAAGGUGCUGGGCACGUCGCCUGAGAUGAUCGACAAUGCCGAGAACCGCUACAAGUUCUCGCGCAUGCUGGACCGUCUUGGUGUGGACCAGCCGAUGUGGAAGGAGCUCACGUCGCUGGAGGAUGCGUACGCAACGUGCGCGCGCUUCGGCUACCCUGUACUGGUCCGUCCAUCGUACGUGCUGAGUGGUGCCGCGAUGAACGUCGUGUACUCUGCGGAGGACCUCAGCAACUAUCUGUCGCAAGCCGCGGCGAUCAACCGUGAGCACCCGGUGGUGAUUACCAAGUACCUCGAGGGCGCCAAGGAGAUUGAGAUGGACGCUGUGGCCAAGGACGGCAAGCUCAUUAUGCACUACAUUUCCGAGCACGUGGAGAAUGCCGGUGUGCACUCGGGUGACGCUACGCUCAUUCUCCCGCCGCAGGACUUGGAGCCAGAGACGGUGCACCGUAUUGAGGUGGCUACGAGCAAGAUUGUCGAGGCGCUCAACGUCACCGGUCCGUGCAACAUCCAGUUCAUUGCGAAGAACAACGAGAUCAAGGUCAUUGAGUGCAAUGUGCGUGCGGCGCGUUCGUUCCCCUUCGUGUCGAAGGUCACUGGCAUUGACGCGAUUGAGAUGGCGACGUGUGCGAUGAUGGACUUGGCCGUGGAGCCGUACCCGAAGGUCACGAUGCCGAAGGACUAUGUCGGCAUCAAGGUCCCGCAGUUCUCCUUCUCGCGUCUGAGCGGCGCCGAUCCGAUUCUCGGCGUGGAGAUGGCGUCGACCGGUGAAGUCGCAUGCUUUGGCCGCAACAAGUACGAGGCGUACUUGCGUGCAAUGCUCGCCUCGGGCAUCCGUCUUCCUACGCAGAACGUGCUGCUGAGUGUCGGCUCGUUCAGCGAGAAGCAAGAGCUCUUGCCGUCGGUGCGCACGCUCCACGAGCUUGGAUUUACACUGUAUGGCUCGUCGGGUACGGCCGACUUUUACACGGAGCACGGCAUUCCGGUCAUCCACCUGGAGGCCCUGCCGGAAGACGACGACUGGCGUGGCGAGGAGAACAGCAAGUCGUCGUACUCGCUGCUGACGCACUUGACGCAGGGUCUGAGCUCGCUGUUCAUUUCGCUGCCCAGCAAGAACAAGUACCGCCGUCCCUCGUCGUUCACGUCGAUGGGCUACCGUGCCCGUCGUCUGGCCAUUGACCGCUCGAUCCCGCUGCUGACCAACAUCAAGAACGCCAAGCUGUUUGUCGAGGCCCUCGCCAUGCACCGUCGCCAAGGCAGCACGUUUGAGAUUCUCCCGAUCGAUGCGAAGACCUCGCACGUCACGUGCACGUUCCCUGGCCUGGUGCUCUUGCCGGGUCUGCUCCCCUCGCCGGCGUCGUCGAGUGUGUUGUCGUACACCCGCACAGCGGCGCGCGCGGGCUUCACAUCGAUCCUCUUUGCGUCGGCGGGCCGUGACAAUGCCAUUGUCGACGAUGCUUCGCUGGCCACCGCUGAAGCGGCGAUGGAGGGUCAGUGUGCUGUCGACAUCUCGCUCUCGCUUCUCGCCUCGCCGAUGAACGUGGACGAGCUGCCUUCGCUCGCCCCACGCGUGCGUGUGCUCUUCAUUUCGUUCCAGGACGCUAUGCGCGAGCACAGUUCUCGCCCUGCCGUCGUCGCGAGCUACUUUGCGCACUGGCCGGAGGACAAGCUCAUCGCAACCGAUGCCAAUGGCUCGGACCUCGCUUCGAUGCUGCUUCUCGCGAGCCUGCACAACCGCCCGCUCCACGUUACCAACGUGCGCAGCGCCGAGGACGUGCAGCUCAUUGCGCUCUCCAAGGCCAAGGGCCUGAAAGUCACGUGCGACGUGCCGAUCUACGCCCUGUUCUUCGCUACGGACAUGUACCCAGCCGCCACGUGUCUUCCGAGCCCAGACGACCAAAAGGCGCUCUGGGAGAGCUUGGACCAGGUGGAUGUGCUCUCGGUUGGUGCGCUGCCCUACUUGAUGGCCGAGCAGCUGGGCCACGAGGUGGCGCCGACGGCAGGUGUGGACGAUGCAAUCCACCUCGUGCUCAACGCCGUCCACGAUGGCCGUUUGCGUGUGGAGGACAUCGAGGCGAAGAUGUGCACGGCCCCGCGCUCCAUCUUUGGCCUGCCCGAACAGCCUGACACACUCGUCUCUGCGGAAAUUGACCGUAUCGUGCGCGACGACCACCGCGAAGGCUGGUCGCCGCUGGAUGCGGCCUCGGUGCGUGGUAUGAUUGGUCGUGUACAGAUGCGUGGCCGUACCAUUGUGCUGGAUGGCCGCUCGCUCCACGAGGCGUUGGUCGGCUCGAAUGUGAGUGGAUACAUGCCGGUCAAGUCGACGGUGCUGGCGACGCCUGCCACUGCGCUGGGCUCGGGCGAGCCGCGCCCGGCGGUGGAUGCGCCGCUCUCGCCGUCGCUGGCGCUGCGCUCGCCGCGCAAGCGUGCGCUGGGUGUGCGUCCGCUGUCGCAGCUUGACGAGUUCCGUUUGGAGCCUGCUGCAGGGCCUGCACCGCCGACGCGCGUGGAGAUGUACAGCCCCUCGUUCUCGCGCCGUCACAUUUUGUCGGUGAAGCAGUUCAGUCGCGACGAUUUGCAUGCGCUCUUUGCUGUGGCGCAGGAGAUGCGGUUCAUGGUCGAACGGCAUGGUGUCCUGAAUGUGCUGCAGGGCUGCGUGAUGAGCACGCUGUUCUACGAGGAGUCGACGCGCACCUCUUCGUCGUUUGAGGCGGCGAUGCUGCGUUGCGGUGGUCAGGUCGUGACGAUCAACACGGCACGCUCGUCGGUGGCCAAGGGCGAGACGCUGGCCGAUACAGUGCGUACGCUCGGCUGCUACAGCGACGUGAUUGUGUUGCGUCACCCGGCCGUGGGCUCUUCGCAGGAAGCGGCGAAGUACUCGCCUGUGCCGAUCCUCAACGCAGGUGACGGCGUGGGUGAGCACCCGACGCAGGCGCUGCUGGACGUGUUCACCAUCCGUGAGGAGCUGGGUACCGUUACCGGCUUGACUGUGACGUUGCUGGGUGACCUGAAGAACGGCCGUACGACGCACUCGCUCGUGCGUUUGCUGUCGCUCUAUGGCGUUACAGUGAACUUUGUGAGCCCGCCGUCGUUGGCGAUGCCGCGCGAAGUCGUGCGUGAGCUGACCAAGCUGGGUGUGCCGAUGUACGAGACGGCGAACCUGGACGAAGUGCUGGGCAAGACGGAUGUGCUGUACGUGACCCGUAUCCAGAAGGAGCGCUUCGCCUCGCCUGAGGAGUACGAGGCCGUGAAGGGCUCGUACAUUGUGAACAACGAUGUCCUGGCUCGGGCCAAGGCGGACAUGGUGGUAUUGCACCCUCUGCCGCGUGUGGACGAAAUCGAUCCCGAAGUGGACUUUGAUAUUAAGCGUGCGGCGUACUUCCGCCAGAUGCGCUGCGGUCUGUUUGUGCGCAUGGCCCUCCUUGCGAUGGUCUUGCACACGAACCCGCGCACGUAA